UGACGUCUAGCAAAUGCAACCAUGAUGGCAUUUAUUCUAAUGAACAUGCCGAUUUGACCAAUGGCGUUGCGAGACAGAUUCACCCAGACCAAUGGAAGGGCGUCACUGUGACUCACCAAAUAAGGAGAGACAACGCCAUAAAAGGAAACAUUGUAUCUCUUUAUAAGGAGGAAAGUAGAUCGUACUUUGAUAUAUUCGUCCACUUGCAUGUACAGUUAAGAACGGCAAGUAUUGUAACAUUUUAAAUAUGGUGUAGAAUAGUCUGCACGCUUACAAUGAUUCUGAAUUUACAGAGACAAAAGAUUUAAGGACGCCAUUGACGACGUCUACCACGUUUACCGUGUGAACUACAUGUCAUGGCGGAGUGAUUCGAGAGGUGCAAUCCGAAUUUUCCUUUUGGAGAAAGUGCUUCGAGUUUUGGGAAAGGAGAAGGCAGAGCUAGACUGGCGGGGUGAAGGGUCUCAGGGACAGCAUCACUUUUGAAACUUUGCAUAGGUUGUUACGUAGAGAGUCCGGAUAAGGCUUUGCCCAUAUUUUUGGCUGUUUGUUUACCUUUCGAAGGUUUGUGUGCAGUGUUGCAAUUUUAGCAGGUAGUUCGAGCUCCAGCAGUUGGCUGGCACAUUUAGCAAAUUAUUUUAUAAAAUAUAAUGUUAUCUAGCCAAGCUGGAUCAGCACUGAGAGGUAACAGAUCGACAACUGGGAAUAACGCGGGUCACGGUUCUGUGGUUAUCGGCAGCGGGCUUCGUACUGGUUUGGUCAGAGCAGGGCAAGCGGUAUCUGGGGUCAACGAUUGCGCUGGUGCGGUUGGACGGCCGGGGAACGGGGCAGGGAUGCUGGGGGGCAAUGGUCCAGGAGUGGGGUCUCGAGGAGGAGUGAGACCAGGUAACGGGGCAGGAUUGACCACAUUACAAUCAGUCGGUCAGGGCGGACUGGUGGGUUUAAACACAGGCGUGGGGAUUCCCGGUAGCGGCAGAUAUGAUCCCGAUAAAGAGUGUGGACCGGUCUGUAGCGGUUCGGACAUGGAGUCCGACUCCCUGGAUGAUGAUGAUCCCAUGAGUUCAGCCGGGGACAACCGAAGAGGUGUCAAGCGAGAGCGGGCGGAGAUGGAAGCCGCUAUGGUAGGGCCAGAGACAGGGGUUCAACCAGGGGGUUACGGAGUGGUCCCCGGAGGUGUUGCUGGCGCAAAGCCUGGGAAGAAAACUCGUGGGCGAGUGAAGAUUAAAAUGGAGUUCAUCGACAACAAACUGAGAAGAUACACAACUUUCAGCAAGCGGAAGACUGGAAUCAUGAAAAAGGCCUAUGAGUUGUCCACACUGACAGGCACUCAGGUGCUACUGCUGGUGGCCAGUGAGACGGGCCACGUCUACACAUUCGCCACGCGCAAGCUGCAGCCCAUGAUCACCAGUGAGACGGGCAAGGCCCUGAUCCAGACGUGCCUGAACUCUCCCGACUCACCGCCCCGCAACGACCCGUCCACGGACCAGCGCAUGAGUGCCACGGGGUUUGAGGAGACCGACCUCACCUACCAGGUGUCGGAGUCGGAGAGCCUCGGUGAAACGAAGGUUCGUACUACGUCUUUUACCUCAAAUAGGUUGUAAGGGUGGACCAGGGCU